CUAUUGUGGUUGUGGUGGUGUGGUGUUAAGCUGCUUUUCACAACAUACCACCUUGGGUUGGUUGGUGAUAACCAUCAGAACACUUGACACAAACAUUUCCCAGAUACUAAAAACCUUUUAGAAUCCUGUUUUACCCUGUUUUAUGACUAUUUCCAUCAGUGGAAAAUAAUUUUAUUCUUCCAAUAAAUGUUGAAAUACUGAACUCUGAACCACAAAUAACAACCACGUGUUGGCAUGUUGGUGGAAAAGUUGGGGGAUCGCCAAAGUCCAAAUCUGGGAAACAUGAAAAAUCAAAUUUUUAUAGCAAUUAAAGAAAUCGUGAGAUAUUUCAGUCUGGACCAAACUGGUGAACAGACUGAAACUGUUACGCUUAGGCAUCUUUAAAAACCUCACAAACCAAAUUUUAUUUCAAUUCAAGCUUUUCUUCCCUUGUUCAUGAAUUUAUUUUUUAUAAAGUGCCCAAAAAAAGUACCCAAAAGUCCUGAUUAAAAGAUAAAAGAAUUGUAUGGAAGAUUAAGGCAUUUAUAGUUUGCAGAACUUCAGGUAGCUGAGGGCAACAUGGGGACAAUUUAGCAACAUCAGUGGGGAUCCCAACGUGCCACAUUAUGCCAUAAGCCUGCCUCCCAUUCCCAGCCCGAGUGAUAAAGUGCCCCUCUGUGUGGAAUGAGCUAACAGUGGGCUACCAUGAAGUGUGCCCCAGUAGCUCAAGUGUUUCUCUGUAGCCAGAGAGCUAGCAGGAAGUGCAGCUCGGGUGCUUCUCCACUCGUCUCAUCAAUGCAGCUUUCAUUCUCCCUCGGUGGGGCAAGAUGGAAGCUGUACAAAAGGACCACUGGUACUUCGUGGUACUCAUCUUUCUUCCUUUUCUUAAAGUUGCUGUCCAGCAGAUGGAGGCCGUCACAGUGCGUCUGGAGGAAGGGAUGGUUCUCAACUGUUUGUGUCCCUGGGACGGCAACCUCAGCAUGGUGUCCUGGACCAAAGUGCCAGACAAGGAUCCCGUAGCUGUUUUCCAUCCAGAGUAUGGAGUGGCGUUUUCUCACCACUACCGGGAGAGGAUAGAAUUCCUGAGGACCACGCCUUUGGACGGAAGCAUUUCCAUGAGGAACGUCACUCACCAGGAUAUUGGGGUUUACCACUGCUCAGUUCAGACGUUCCCUCAAGGCCCCUGGACGAGGAACAUUCAUGUGGAAGAUUUAGACGAGCCCCCAGAAGAAGACAACAGCACACAGCCCCCCACCCCAGAGGUGAUCAAGACGGACACAGAGCUGGUGGCAGAGCCUAACAACAACCUGACCAUCAGCUGCAACCACGAGCACAAUGGUACUGUUUACCAAGUCAUUUUGGAGAAGAUGCCUCAUGGCCAGCCCUGGGGCAUCAUCGGAGUGUGUAAGAAGGUGGAAGGGGGCCUGGUGGGCGAGGACUACAGCGACAGGGGCAGGGUCAGCUGCGCAGACACCCUGGAUGUUGGUCUGCACCUGACAGGUGUGGAGGAGGAGGAUGGCGGUUUCUAUCGCUGUACAUUCAGCACAGACGCAGGGGUGCGGACCACCACUGUGCUGCUCACAGUGCCCCCUCCAGCUGGAUUCAGCCUGUCUGUGUACAUGAUGUAUAUUUACAUCGGAGCUGCAGCUGCUGGGCUUAUUCUACUCAUUGCCAUCAUCAUACUGGCAGUGAAGCAAAGAAAGAAGAGCCGGAGAGAGGAGUACAAUGUGAAACUGCACCCAUCUCAGAGACAGCCAAACCUCUAUGAGAACAUCUCUGUGUGUCCCAGGAAGGCAAAGAAGUCCAGGCAGAUAAAAAAUUGCCCGGUCUAUGCCAACCUUCAGACUGCACGCUCACACAAAACCAAACGUCAGCCUUAUAAUAUAUGAGCAAACAUAAAUAUGACAAACUGCAUAAUGUGAAUGAGGAGUAUUUUUUUUUUCACAAACAAAGCAGUAAGUAAUCUGACCCCUCCACUUUUUGAACACUUUAUGGUGUUGAUGAUUUAAUUCGAAAUGGAUUAAAUUGUAUUUUUUUCCCAACAAUCUAAACCCUUUAACCUAUAAUAACAAAUUAAAAACAGGCUUUUAGAAAUUUUCGCCAAUUGAAUAAAAAUCAAAAACUGAAAUCCUUCAUAUACAGAGCUGUGGCACUCUUACUUGAUUGUAGUCCCCCUGUGGCAAAUUAAAUUGAUUGGCCAUUGUUUAGAAAGGCACCUGUGUGUGUAAGGUCCCUCAAUUCACAUUGCAUGU